AUGUCUAUUUACGAGAGGCGACCUUGGAGCACAGAGGUAAAACCCACACAGGAAGAUCAAGCGAUCAUAAACUUGGUUUCAGAGUUCGGAACCAAAAAAUGAACAUUAAUAUCCAAUUAUCUUCAAGAAAAAUACAAUAUCAAGCAUCGAACCGGAAAACAAUGCAGGGAGCGAUGGCACAAUCAUCUAGAUCCAAAUGUAGUAAAGGAAACCUGGUCUCCUGAAGAGGACAAAAAGCUGUUCGAGGCCCACAAAAUUUAUGGGAACCGCUGGGCUGAUAUUGCAGCUUUGCUGCCAGGACGAACCGAUAACUCCAUCAAAAACCAUUUCUAUAGUGCAUUGCGGAGAAACCUGAAAAAAUACAACAAAUCUAAGCCGCAUUGCGAAAGGCUGGUAGGCUCUGUAAGGACUAUCUUAAGAAACCCUAAUUAUGCAGAGCUGCUACUAAAAGAAGAAGCACCUCCAAGGGUUUUAAAACCCAAACCUGCAGAAAAUGCCCUUGAUUAUUCAAAAUUCCAACAAAAAGAAACGUAAAAUUUAUUUAGAGAAACCCCUGAAAUAGAGCCAGAAACAGUUUCCAAUGAGGAAACAGGAGCAGAUAAUAACUCAAUUGAAGAAGAACCAAGCCCAGUUCAGGAGAAAACCGAAGAUAAAAAAUCUGAUGGAGAAGUGUCUGAUGAAGCUCCACUUUUGCUUUAUAAUUUAUCAAAUCCAACUCCAAGAAGCCCUGCAGAGGACGAGCUAAAAAUUCCAGAAGAAGCUUUAAAGCACAACCUGCCACCAUAUUUCAAAGCUUUUCUUGCAUGUCCUGACCAAAAUAUGCAACAAGGCCCGUUGGUAUAUCCGGUCUACCCUGAUUUCAUGCAAGGCCAAGCGCCAAGGCAGCAUAAAUUCAUACAAGGGAGGUUUAUAAACUCAGGAUUUUCUUACCCCAAUUCUUACUUUGGUUAA